AUGGGCUGUUUUUCUAGUUCAGGAAGACACACUCUUCCUAAAAGUGAAGCAAGCAACACACCAUCUCAAGUCGUCCAUACAAAAGAGGACAUUAAGAUUGAUGCAUCUAUGUUUGUCGGCCACCGAAGUGGUCAAGUUUUGGAGCACUAUAAAAUUGGUCAAAAAAUCGGCUCCGGUGCUUUUGGCUGUGUGAGAAUUGGCACUCAUAUCGCAACAGGCCAAAAAAGAGCAAUUAAAACGAUUCACAAAGAAAGCAUCAGCGAAGACCUCACCGAAAGAGCAAAAUUUUUCACAGAAGUUGACAUUCUCCGAAGAGCCGAUCACCCAAACAUCGUUAAACUGUAUGAGUUCUACGAGGACGAAAAGUAUUUUCACAUCGUCACCGAAUUUCUCCAAGGAGGAGAACUAUUCGAUUAUAUCAUCAAAAAUAAGAUGCUUUCUGAAAGAGCUGCAGCUAUAUUUAUGCGACAAAUUUUAAGUGCAGUCGCUUACUGCCAUUUGAACAAUAUUGUGCAUAGAGACUUAAAACCAGAAAAUUUAUUGCUCGAAAACGACGCUCCACAGCCAAAUUUAAAAGUAAUUGACUUUGGGACGUGUGCAAUUUUUGACCCUUCUCGUCAUAUGACAAAAAAAUAUGGGACUGCUUAUUAUAUUGCUCCAGAAGUUUUGAGAAAGGACUACGAUGAGAAAUGCGAUAUUUGGAGCUGUGGAGUUAUUUUGUAUAUUUUACUGAGUGGGAAGCCACCGUUUUAUGGGAGAACUGACAGAGAUAUAUUGAAAAUGGUAGAAAAAGGGGAAUAUUCCAUGCGAGGGACGAUUUGAACAACAAUUUCACAAGGAGCUAAACAUCUUAUAAGCAGAAUGCUGGAUUAUAACCCUAAAAAUCGAAUUUCUGCAAGGGAAGCUUUAAUGGAUGACUGACUUGCACAGAACUGUGCAGUUAGCCCUUCAGCGCAAUCAAUCCCUUUGGCAUCUUUAGACAACUUAAAAGCUUUUAGGGCUGAGCAAAAGCUUCAACAUGCUGUUUUAACAUUUAUUGCUUCUCAAUUAUUACAGAAUGAAGACUCCAAACAACUCUCUGAAGCAUUCAGAAAUUUAUUCUAUUUACUUAAAAACCAUUUUUGUCAGAGUUAGCCAGUAUUUUUUAAGUAUUUAAAUAUGAAAGUAUAGACAAAAAUGGAGAUGGGAAAAUUAGUAGAGAAGAACUGCUUGAAGUUUAUUCUGGAAUGAUGGGGCUAGAAGCUGCUAGUGAAGAAGUUGAAAAAAUUAUGCGGCAGGUAGAUGCCAAUGGGUCAGGGUAUAUUGAUUAUACUGAGUUUAUUAUGGCAACUGCUCAGAAGGAAAAAAUGAUAAAUCAAAUGAACUUAGAAGCAGCAUUUAAAGUGUUUGAUAGCGAUGGCAGUGGGAAAAUAUCAGCGCAGGAGCUGAAAGCACUACUGGGAAGCGGAGGUGGUGAAAAUGAAACUAUUUGGUGCGAAUUGAUUAAGGAUGUUGAUCAGAAUGGGGACGGAGAAAUUGAUAUUAAUGAAUUUAAAGCAAUGAUGAUGAGCCUUGUAGAGAGCCAUAAGUAA